AUGGAGCCAAGGAACCAAACCAGCACAUCUGAGUUCAUCCUCUUGGGUCUCUCCGAAAGGCCAGAGCAGGAGACGCUUCUCUUUUCUCUGUUCCUCUGCAUGUAUAUGAUCACGGUCGUGGGGAACAUGUUGAUCAUCCUGGCCAUCGGUGCAGACUCCCACCUCCAUACCCCUAUGUACUUCUUCUUGGCCAACCUCUCCUUGGUGGAUUUCUGCCUGGCUACCAACACCGUCCCCAAGAUGCUGGUAAACAUUCAAACCAGAACCAAAUCCAUCUCUUAUCCUUGCUGCCUGGUCCAGAUGUACUUUUUCCACUUCUUCGGCAUCAUGGACAGCGUCUUAAUCGCGGUGAUGGCUUACGACAGGUUUGUGGCCAUCUGUCACCCGUUGCAUUAUGCCACCAUCAUGAGCCCACGCCUCUGUGGCCUGCUGGCCGGUGGUCUGUGGGUGUGUUCCUGUUUCAUCUCCCUCACCCACAUCCUCCUGAUGACUCGCUUGGUUUUCUGUGGCAGCAACGAGCUGCCUCACUAUUUCUGCGACCUCACGCCCCUCCUCCGACUUUCUUGCACUGACACAUCUGCGAAUAGGAUCUUCGUGCUCAUGGUGGCGGGGAUGGUGAUAGCCAUGCCCUGCAUCUGCAUCCUGGCUUCCUACGCACACAUCAUUAUGGCUGUCGUGAAGGUCUCCUCCGCAGGCGGCAGGAAGAAAGCCUUUUCAACCUGCGGCUCCCACCUGUCCGUGGUAGCCCUCUUCUAUGGGACCACCAUUGGGGUCUACCUGUGUCCCUCCUCCAUUCACACGGCCAUGAAGGAGAAAGCUUCUGCCGUGAUGUAUACAGCGGUCACCCCCAUGCUGAACCCUUUCAUCUAUAGCCUGAGGAAUAGAGACCUGGAGGGGGCGCUCAGGAAGCUCGUCAACAGAAAGAUCACCUCAUUUUCCUGA